CUGACGUCUGACGUCGGCAGUGUUAUGUGAUUUCCAAUUUCUUUUUAGACAAAAUGGAUAAUAACAUGAGUUUAAAAGAAAUUCAAAGCAAAUUAUUGCUAUGGGAGGCUCCAGAGAACCCACUAGCACCGCUAACGGCGGAUCAACGAGAGGCAAUAUUGGAUUUGGAGUCCUUAAUCCUUGGUGUUUCCAAUGAAACUGAAGAAGACAAAUCAGCGGACGAAUCCAAUAAACAAACGGAAAAUACUCCCAUACCACCAGUGGACAAAACAUUCGAUUUCCUGGAUUGGUAUGAGAGUUUAUGCGAGAAAACUAUCAAGGCGGAUGAUUCUCCGUACGAGGCAUACUACCGGCAAUUGGAGGAUAGGAGAAAUGAAUGUGUAUCUUUGAAUAAUCAGAUUGGGGCUACAAUGGCGGACCUGUACAAGUUAUCAGAAGAAUAUGAGCUUGUUUCCAACAAAACCAAUGCCCUACAUUUGAUGAGUGAGCAGUUGUUGGCUGACCAGAAUAAACUUUCCAGUAUAGGUGAUGACAUCAAGCAGAAGCUCCAUUACUUCACUCAGGUGGAGCACUUAUCUCAAAGACUCAACAGCACCACCAUGUCAGUGAACAGUGAAGCAUUCUUCAUAGUGCUAGCUAAAAUUGAUGACUGCUUGGAAUAUAUGAAGAGCCAUAGUACAUUCAAAGAAGCUCACACAUACCUUGUAAAAUAUAGGCACCUGCAAAGCCGAGCCAUCUCUCUCAUCCGUUCCUAUGUGAAUCAUGUUCUGAACCACGCCACAGAGCAAGUAUUGGCUCCGAACGAUGAAGACUCGACGGAGCAGGAGUCUAUGGACACUGCGUAUGCUGUGUACUUCGGCAAGUUUCAGGCAGCAGCUCCUAAGUUGAGGAUGGUGAUUAGCGAGAUUGAAACAAGGGCAGAGACUAAUGCUGACUACGCAUCUCUCCUCUCCGAUAUCAAACGCGAGUAUGCAACGCGUCGGGCUCGCGUAGCCGGCGCGCCCACCGCUGCAGCGCUUAGUGCAGCCGCUGCGAAACAUCAGCGCGAUCACUGUACAUUAGCGCGCGCCGCGUGUUCGUUACUCGCGCACGCGUGUAGAGACGAAUGCGCGUUGUACUCGCAUCUGUUUGCGAAAGUGUCGCCAGAACUCGAGGAGUACCUGCAAUCCCUCUGCAACGGACUUUACGAGACGCUCCGGCCGCACAUCAUCCACAUCGUCCACCUGGAGACUCUGGCUGAGCUGUGCGUCAUCCUGCGCGUCGAGAUCAUCGAGGAGCAGGUCAAUAACGACCCGAGCCUGAGCGCGUUAGGUGCGACGGCGCGCGCGCUCCUACAAGACGCGCAAGAGAGACUAGUGUUCCGCGCGCACGUGCAUUUGCGCGCCGACGUGCUGCACUACCGGCCCGCGCCCGGCGACCUCGCCUACCCCGACAAGCUGGAGAUGAUGGAGCAAAUCGCGCUCUCAAUCCAAGAGCAGAGUCUCAAACGGAGCGAUUCCCGCAAUUCCAUGGUGUCAGACAUUUCUGCGACGUCACAAGAAGUGGCUAAUAUCAACGUGGAAGCUCAAAGAAGGCCGCAGGCGUCGCCGGCCGAUCUCCAUGGCAUGUGGUACCCGGGCGUUAGGAGGACGCUUGCAGCUCUAUCUAGACUGUACAGGUGUUUAGAGAAGAAAGUGUUCCAAGGUCUUGCCCAAGAAGCGAUUUCGCUCUGCGUCCAAAGCAUAGACAGUGCGGCCAAGCAAAUAUCAGCCACACAAACCAACAUAGACGGGCAGUUAUUCCAAAUCAAGCAUUUACUUAUUUUAAGAGAACAGAUCGCGCCAUUCCAAGUAGAUUUUAUAGUGAAAGAAACUACUCUAGACUUCAGUAACGUGAAAAAUGCAGCGUAUGGAUUGAUAAAGAAGCCCCGUCAGAUAUUUUCUCUGAACAGCAACAAUGCUUUGUUAGAGUUCCUUCUGGAAGGAACGCCGAUGGUGAGGGAACAUCUUCUGGAUUCGAGGAAGGAGGUGGAUAGGCAGUUGAAAGCGUGUUGUGAAACGUUUAUAAAGGAAGCCACGGAAUUGCUGGCGGGACCGAUGAUUAGUUUUAUUGAAAAGGCCCAAGCCUUCACCCCCGUAGAGCAGCUGAAGUCCCAACCGUGGGCGACUCCCGAGGAGACGGCAGUAUGCGUCAAGGAAGCUCAGAAGAGGAUCAAGGCCCACCUGGCUCCCCUGCAGAGGUCCAUGCAGCUGUAUCUGGCCAAUAAGGAAACGGAGUUUAUACUGUUCAGGCCUAUAAGGAACAACGUAGUCGGCUACUUCGUCCAAAUAGAGCAACUACUCCAAAGCGCCGGCUAUUCCUACGAGGACCUGCUCAUAGUAGCGUGCCCCACGCCAGAACAAGUAUCAGUCUUCAUUUCCUCCGCUAGCCUGGUCAGUCGCGGCGAACCGGUCGCGCCUUACGGCAAGAAGAGACGCACUUCUGCUGUGAGAAAGCCGAGCGUCACGCGCGUGCCUGAGACAGAGGUCGCUGAAAGUACCGUUGCUAGUGUAUGAUUUGUUUUAACGCAAUUACGUUCCGUUAUCAUUU